AUGAGCAACGACGCGCCGACGCCCAUCUCGGAUGACGAGGUCGUAGCCCUUGCGAAGGCCGCCUUCGAGCUCUCCCGCCAGGACAUUACCCAUCGUACCGUUGCCGAGACGGCUCCGCGCGACUUGCAGCAGCAACAGCCCGGCAUCACCAUUGACCUCGGCCACAAGAACAUUGCCCGCCUGCCUGACGAGGUCAUCGACGUCAUUCGCCUCGAGAUUGAACGGCUUGCUCUUUCCCACAACCUCCUCUCGACCCUCCCGCUGCGGCUCGUAGAAUGCCAGCGCCUCCGCUACCUCAAUGUGCGCUACAAUGCCAUGCGCGAGAUCCCCAAUGCCAUCCUCGAGAUGACAUCGCUGGAGAUUCUCGACGUGAGCAGGAACAAGAUCAGGUCUAUUCCAACCAAGAUUGCAAACUUGACGUCUCUGAAGGUGCUGGCCAUUGCGAAGAACAAGAUUGAGGAGCUACCCGUGUGUCUGGGGGAAAUCAACAGCUUGCAGGUUCUGAAGCUAGACGGAAAUCAAUUGAUCUUCCCCCCGCCCGAAGUAUGCACCAUCAAGGACAAUGCUCCGUCUCCGGCGAAUGAGAAUGAGCGCGAUGCCGUCAUUGCUACUCAGGUCAAACGGUUCAUGCGCCAGCAUGCCUCCAAGGAACGACAACGAGUUGAGCUGGAGCGAUUGCGGGUCGAGUCAUCAGGCGAUGAGAGCUGGACCGAGAGCAAUCCGGAGACGCCCCGCCCCUCGAAGCGAGCCUACGGCGGUCGAUUUCCCGUCAAACCGAGCGUAGGCAACAUAGAUGGCUUUCCUGAUACCAAAGCCGAUUCUCCUGGACUACCUGCUCCACCUAUUCCAACUCGCUCCCACUUUCGCGUGGCUUCUUCAACGAGCAAUGGCCUCACUGUCGCUAAGAGGCCCCCAAUCUCUCCGUUGGUUCUAACGAGCGGGAACAAUGAGCGAAACCGAAGUCAAAGUGAGGGUUCAGGGCCUUCGACCCAUCGCCAAAAACGCAUGGGCAUCUAUACCAACAAGGCAUCUGAGCUUGGUUCGGUGGAUGAGCUACGGAGAACAAGCCACUUCCGCGGUUUUAGUCAGGGCAUCGUCGUCCCCGCUAAUACUGUUGCUAAUGGCUUGUCGGGGCCCGCAACAGCAGCUGGCUAUGGAGACACAGGUACUGUCAGAUCUCUCGCGAAUCGCCCACUGUCUGAUGUUCGCGAACACAGACGUGGAUCUCGUGCGCCCGACAUUGUUGUUGAAGCCGCGAAAAACUUUCUUUAUGCCGUGUCUCAGCUCCAUGAUUGUGUCUCGCACAUGGUCCGAUCAAUCAAGUUAACGGCCAAGACAAAGGAAGGCCUCCGUCGGAAAGAAGACUUUUACCGCAGGUACUCGACAACGUACCUCAACAUACGAGCUCUGAACGAAGUUCUACACAAGUUCGACAGGCUUGUUGAAGAAGAUGAGGAGGACGCACAAAAACUCUCUAAAAGUGUGUACAUGUACGCACUGAGAUGUCUCGACUCUUUCAUGUCGAUCAGUCUCUCAAUUGCGGAAAACCGCAUUGAGAUUACACAGAAUGCGAACGCACACAUCAUGCGGACAUUUCUGUUUCUCCAACAAGGAAGCAUGAUCGAGAUGAGAAACGCUUGCUCAGUGCUGGGCGCACAAUUCAAGGACACCUCGGCAGCAUCUCGCAGACCUAGCGGUGCCGACCCUGUAGCUACAGUUCGUGCACGACCAUCGAGGGUUCGCCGGUUCCAGGCCUCGCCGCCACAACGGAACGGGUAUCAGAUGCCUCCGCCAGUGAUAUUGCACAGUAAUGACAACAGCCGAUCAAACACCUUGACGAGCAUUAGUGCCGCCACGCCUCGGUCUGGAGAGUCCUUCUCUACGAUAGCACCAUCUAUGUCCCGGUCUAGUACCCUUAACAGCAGUUUUGACGAAGCUGACGAAGAUGCUCAAUUCGAUCGAGUUUACUCGAAGCUCAGGAAUGCGUCCGAUAGCUGUAGAACAUCUAUUCCGCAAAUCACUAGAUUGAUGCGGGAGCAGUUCGACCUACUACGGCGAGAUCUAGACUCCGAGCAUCCCCGAAUCAAAGCGUUAGCGGGCCUCAUUGAUAAGAGCAACGAGGUCCAACAGAUGACGGUUCCUCUCGCCAGCCACCUAUCCCAGAUGCAGCUCAAAGAUAGCUAUAUCCGUAGCCAGCCGGAGUUCUGGCAGCAAUGCAUGGGUUUCAUCAAGGCAUGGCAGGAACUCGCCGUGGCGUAUACACAGCAGGGGAAGGACCAUAAGUUGUUGAGUGGUGACGUCAAACAGCUCAUGAGGCCGCUACAUAAGACAGUCAAGGAAGCUAGUCUUGCUAUUAAUGACAGUCCGUGGUCACAUCUGACGAGCAACAACCCAGGAUUAAUGGGUCCGCCGUCCUUGUCUUCGUUUACAGCGCGGACACAACCGCCCAGAUACCGGCCUGGUACCAUGACGACGGGGGGUGGUGCGUUGUUCCCGGGCCCGAUCAAUACGUCAAUACCCGCGAUCGCUUCGGCAUUCUCAGCUCAGCCAUGGUCUACCACGAGUCUUGGAUCGCAGGGCUCAGGUGGCUACGGCACGCCGGUACCUGCGACACCGUUGAGCGCCGCUUUAGGCGCAGCAGCUCAAGCCACGGUGCCAAAUACACCGAGAUUACCAAGUCAGACGUCGAACACGCUGAAUGUGUUUGAGCGGGCGGAUCGACUGCUUAGUCAAACAAGUCGGCGUAUUUGA